GGGUUUGAUUUCAUGUAUUUGUCUUAUCAUUUUAUGGUACUUUUUAUUAUAUCUGAACUGGGUCGCGUCCAUCGGAGUAAUCAAAACCGUUAAUAUAUAAACCCUAAUUACGUUAGUGGAAUUCAUUCCUAAGAUUAAUCCAUGUGGCUUUUUGUUUUUGCAGUUAUAAUUGAAAUUCUAAUAUGGGGUUUGAGUUAAUUUUCGACUUGUUGAUGAAUCUUUAUAAUAUUACUUAUGAAAAAUAAGAUUAGAAUUUUUCAUUCAGAGGAAACCCUAAAAUUGAAUUUCGUUAAUCAUUUUGCUGUCUAUGUUAUGCGUUUAGCUAUUUGUGGAUUGUAUUAUGUGCAGAAUUCGAAGAAUUUUGAAUUGGAUACUGCCUCAUCCAUGUUGUCACUGUGGACUAGGGUUUCUAAGAUGUUUACACUUCCAGCUGCCACGUUUUACUGUCGUUUAUUCUUAAAUUGUCUGUCUAUCUCUUGUAUUUCACUAUACAAUAUUGCAACUACUUGACUUAGUCUGCGAUGAAUCAUGCAUUUAUAAUGGCUUGAAUUCACAUUCUUUCUUGGAUUGGAUAGUAACACACUUCCAUUACCGUCAUAGCAUGUUUUGUAGAAACAAAUGCACAGGACUGGACACUACUUCCAAAAAAAAAAAAAAAAUGUUUGUUCAUCAUACAAACCAGUUUUUCAAAUACUGUGUUUCAAACAUGCACUUGUGUGAACUUUCAUUAUGCUUCGAACUUUGAGGUUUAUCACCAUUAAACUUUGGUAUGGGUUCAUGUACCUAAUUAGACGAUGCAUGCCUAUUACUCAUCCAGUGGUUUUAGGCUUUUGCUUUUGAAAUGGAGAAGAGUAUUGUGGAAAUGGAAGUAAAUCAUCAAAAAAGUGAUUCUGCUGUAUCUACACCAAGGCCCCUAGGAAUGCUCAUUGGGAUAAACUCAAUUGCUAUAGAUCUCGGAAUGGUUGCAGAAGAAGAUACACAAGAGCACAAACACUUCUCCUUACGUGGAUAUGUGGCUGGCAUGAGGAAAAAGGAUCAAAAGCUUUGUUUGCCUUUUGCUUCACAAGCUAACGGUGGUGAUUUGGAAGAGAAACUCCCUCCAUUAUGUGUCCCCAGAUUUAGAUGGUGGGAGUGCUUGAACUGUGUUUCAGAAUUUAUGAUGGAAAGUAGUAUGGAAGAAAUGAUGGAACAAUCUCCAAUACCAUUAAGCGAAGAAAAAAAUAAUAUUGAUACAAAUUCUUCUAGCAGGGAUGGGGAAAAAGGUGAGGAGCAUGGAUUAGAUGGCUUUGGAAAUAGCAGAAACUGCAGUCAUGUAAAUGAUAUCCCAAACUUCAAUCCAUGCUUGCCAGCGAGACAUAUGGCUACAACAUGCAGCAAAAGUGGAGCAAAUGUUAUGGAUAAAGAAGGUUGCAACCUGAGUUUUGAUAAAACAGAACCUAAUCCUUGCCAAGCUCAAGAGACACAUACAAAUACAGCUGAUGCUAUAAAACCUAGAUAUGUUGAUGUCUUAGAGACGAACAAUUUAAUAAAUGAUAUUGGUGAUAUCAGUGAUAAGGCCGUAAAUGCUGAUACAGGACACCCAAUUGGACUCCCUUCAGUUGAAGUGGGUGAGCAGGAAAGUGCAUCAUCUGGAAGUGAUAAUAAAUUAGAUGGAUUGCCACGUAAGAGAAAGCCUAAGUUGCGUUAUCUUGCAGAAAUAAUGGAUGGAGAAAGAAUUUCUGUAAAUGGUCACCCGAACAUGAGUGCUUCAUCCCGCGGAAUGCAUACUGUAUCUGUUGAGUUAGGAACAGUUUCAUCUCCUCAUGACCAGGAGGAUUUCCUUGAACGUGUUGGAAAAGGUAUCAGAACUGCUCAGAUGAAAAGAAAGAUUACUCGGGAAGAAAACAAAAGACCCACAGAAAUUAGCUAUCCAAGUAGUUCAGCUAAAAAGUUCAGGGCCUCUAAAGUAAAUUCAGAGGACAGAUCUCUUGAAAUUUCUGACUCACAAUCAGGAGGAGGUGCAUCUGCACAGUUAGAUAUGCAGAUUGGCAUAAAGAGUCGAAAGAUCAAGCCGGGCAAAAACAAAGAUCUUGUUCUUGGUAAAAGGAAAAGUCAGAUCCCUAUAGAUGAGGGGUUGCCUCUCCCAGUUCGUGAGCUGGAGAUGCCAAAGAUAAUUUCUGUAGUCUCUACAGAUUUGCCGAAAUAUAAUAUUCCUAGCCCAUCAGGACAAAUGGAACCAACUUUUAGGAGUUCCCAGUCUACCAAACAAACAGUGUUGAACUCCAACUUGUCCAAGAAUAAGAGGUCUGAACUUGAAGCUGGUCACAAUCUUCUGAUGGCUCCCAAAAACAGCAAGUUAGGAGAAUGUUUAGUUAAAGAGAAAGUGGCAUUGGAUCUUUCUCUUGACAGCUUUAUGAGUGCAGAAAGAAAUGAUAAUGAUCGGUCAUCAAUCGUGCAACAAAAGGACAUUCAUGAUAAGGGGAGUAAAGAUUUUCUGUGGGAUCUGAAUGAGAUAAUUACUCAUAAAACUCCUAUUCUGGGAGAGAAGCAAUUUUCAACUGUACUUGGUAAUGGUUGUUUACCUCUGCAUGAGAAUUUGGAUAUCUCUUCCUCCUGCAGCAAAGCUAAUGCUGGAGAAUCGCAAGGGCGUCUGGGAGUUUCUGUUCCACAAACUGACCAAGAAACUGAUAAGAGUACUGAACUUAGAGCAUCAGAUGACAUCCCGAUGGACAUAGUUGAGCUGAUGGCUAAAAACCAGCAUGAAAGGUCUCUAGGUAAUUCAAAGAAGUACAUUGUACCCGAGGGGACCAAUAAACCCAGUAUAGGGUUUCCUACCUUCAAUGGCAAUGAAUAUGCUGGUGCAGUGAAUUAUUCGCUCGGCAGCACAAGAAGCGAUGACAUAGUUUUGGCGAGUGAUAACAUUGUACCUAUCCAGGACAGUCCUAUAAGCUUUCCUCUCUUGAACACGAAUCAGUUUGAUGUGGGAGAACCAAAGGAAAACCAAUCAAGAUUCUUCUGUUCAUUUCCACAGAAUCAACCAAGUAAAAUGCAGAUUUCAGCUUCAGGCUCCAACAUAACGGGAUCAAGGCUCAGCGAAGGAGCAAAGAAAAUGUUGUCUCCUAGGAGGGAAAGCAUACCUACAAGGAUGCAUUCAUUCUUAGACCAGCACCAUAAAGGAAUGACCAUUAGUGACAUAAAAGGAGGUAAUAUGGAAAAUCUAGCUCUACGUGACACACUAUUACUUGAACAGGGGAUAAUUGAUCAGAGCCAGAAAUCCAUGGGGUCAUUAGAUCCUUACUCUAAUGACACAAUUCCUGCAAUGCAAUUGCUGUCUUUGAUGGAUCGGGGAAUGAUAUCCAGUUCUUUAAAUGUGGGCACAAAGAAAUUUGUCGAUAAACCCUUUUCUCCCUGCAAUCACCACCCAAGGUUCAACAGGGAAAAGAAUCAGAGUUUACUCAACCAAUCACUCUUUUCACAGCAACAUCAUUCUAAGGAUCUUAUUUGGUUACGAUCCAGUGUUCGUAGUGCUGGUGAAAGCUCAAAGACGCCUGCAUCUUCUUUGAAUUAUCAAAUGUCCACUAAACGUCUGGAGCUACAAAACUCAAGAAGACCACAAAAAUUGGAAUCCUCGAAAGGCACUUCGCGUGUUAUUCGAGAUUCUUGUGUUGGCAUGGAUAAGCAAAAAAAUAUCCUUGGUGACUCAAGUCCUAUGGUUUUUCCUCAACAAUCUUAUAGACGUGAAGGUCCAUCAGGCACCAUGAACUUGGAGGCCCCCAUUAAACUUUCUACUCAACCAAUGAGAAGCAAUUCAGAAAUGGAUCUUUGCACUCUCAACCAAAACCCUGCUGAAUUCAGUAUUCCAGAUCCUCAAAACAAGUAUACCAUAGGAGCAAAAGAUUUGAAGUUGCGAAAGAGAAAUGUUUACAAAGAAAUACCUCGCUCUGUUAAGGUGAAUGAGCAAAAGAGACGCAGGGUUACAAAGGAUACAUCAGCGAAAAAGUAUGCAAGAAAAUAGCUCAUUCUGAGGUACACGUACAUAUCAGUUGAAGAGUUUCUGCAUGUUUCUUGAAGUUCCUAAUCUACAAUUUGGACAGAAUUUCCUGUGUGAUUUUGUUUGUCUGGUUUUCAGCUUUAUAAUUUUCAGAUUUCUAUCUGAAUAGAAAAUAAGAAUAUUUAUACAAUUACAUGCAUGUCAAGACAGGUAAAGUCAAUUAGCUUAUAUGCCUACAAAUAUGUGGUUGAUUUUGGAUCAUGAGUAUAAGAUCUUUGUCGCAAUGAA